AAUGUCAUUCUGACAUUUUUCUUUUCAAUCCAACCAAGUUUGCCAUCGUUUGGGUUUGUACAUUGUGCAUGUAAUAUUUUCUAUAUAAAAUAUUACUUGUAAAAUAUAAUACUUUUAUGCAUUUUAUUGAUAUAAGUAAUAUCUUAAUUUAAUCGAUAAAAACACAAAAUGGUGUCCAAGAAAAAGAAGAAGUAUUCAUCCGGAGAAGGAGCACAGUUUAUGACUAGAAAGGCUGCUCUGAAAAAGCUACAGUUGACUCUCAAGGAUUUUAGACGUAUUUGUAUACUCAAAGGAAUAUACCCCAGGGAGCCCAGAAACCGGAAACGGGCCCAGAAAGGUGCAGGUGGGAUUAAAACUUUGUACCACACCAAGGAUAUAAAGUUUUUACUACACGAACCUAUAAUAUGGAAGCUUCGUGAACUAAAGGUUUAUCAACAAAAGAUUCGUAAAGCAAGGUCAAUGAAACAAUAUGGUUUGAUGAGAAAAUAUUUCCGUGAUUACCCAGAAAUUAAUAUUGACCAUAUUGUAAAAGAGCGGUAUCCAACAUUUGUGGAUGCUUUACGGGAUUUGGACGACUGCCUCACUCUCUGCUUCUUGUUCAGCACCUUCCCUUCACUGAAAAAAGUUCCCAGAGACCAAUCCACUCUCUGCAGAAGGCUGACGGUAGAGUUCAUGCAUGCUGUCAUUGCGGCUAAAGCACUCCGCAAAGUAUUUGUGUCAGUGAAAGGUUACUAUUAUCAGGUUGAGCUGGAAGGCCAGACAAUCACAUGGAUUGUACCACAUCAUUUCUCGUUCCAGCCACAAAGCAAAGAUGAGGUGGACUUCAAGAUCAUGUCAACAUUCGUAGAAUUCUAUACAAUGAUGCUUGGCUUUGUAAACUUCAAGUUGUAUCAUGCGUUGAAUCUGGUGUACCCUCCCAAGCUUACAGCUGCCUUGUCAGACUCUGACAAAGACCUCAUUGACGAACAAGCUUAUGUAUCAGAAAGAAUAGCUGCAAUGAACUCACCACUGACAAAAGUAACUGGAUCAAAUGAAGCUGAAGAAUUGCCAGAAAUAGACAUAUUCAACACCGAAGAUGAAGAUCCCCAAAAAUUGGAGGAAGCCAAACAGGAGGCAGAGAAAGUUAAGAAGCUAAAAACACUGUUCAAAGGCCUUAAGUUUUACAUAAAUAGAGAAGUGCCAAGAGAGCCUCUGGUCUUCAUAAUCCGGUGCUUUGGUGGUGAAGUGUCUUGGGACCGUAACCAUUUUGUGGGUGCAACAUUUGAUGAAUCUGAUGAAUCCAUUACAUACCAGAUUGUAGAUCGUCCCAGCAUGGAGAAGCAAUAUCUUUCCAGAUAUUAUGUACAGCCACAAUGGGUGUUUGACAGUGUGAAUGCUAGGACACUACUUCCAAUUAACAAGUACUUGAUGGGAGCUGUUCUUCCUCCUCAUCUAUCACCAUUUGUUGACAAAAUUAAGGACCAAGUUUACAUACCACCCGAACAGAGGGCUCUAAAUGAUCCUGACUUCAAACCAUUGGAUGACGAUGAAGAAGGCAGCGACAUUGAAGAAGACAGUGAUGAAGACGAGGAAAAAGCUGAAGACUCUGCCGAAGAAGGAGAUGCAGAGACUGCGCUUACGAAGCAGUACCAGGAGGAAGUGGAACAGGACUCUUCAUCUGAGGACGAGGAUGACGAUAUGGACCCAGCCAAAAAGAAAAUCGCCAAGGAAAAGAAAAAAACAAUGGCAGUGUCUUCUGGCGUCCCUUACAAAGAACACCCGUACCAGAAGGAAAUUGAGGACAAACAAGCAUUCAGAUUGAGAGAAAAACUUGUGCGGAAGAAACACAGAAACCUUUAUAAGAGCAUGAAAGCAGGACAGGAACAACGCAAGAAAGAAAUAUGGCUGCUCAGAAAGAAGAGGCGCCUUCACGACGAGAAAGUAAAAUUGGAGAAAAAGAACGAAAAGAGAAAGCAAAGAACACAAGCUCUUGAGGCUGCUUCUGCUUGAAUAUGUAUUGAAAUAAAAUAUUGUAAUAAUUUCAAAAUAA